AUGAGUUCAAUUGAUUUAAAGGCAUUGAAUAUUUUCCUCAAUUCACCAGUCUCUCAGGAUAUGAUCCACAAGUUAGUGGUCACUACAUUACAAGUGUUACCUUGUGAAGACUCUAAAUUACAAUCUCCAUCAAACUCGAGCUCAAAGGACAAAGCAUUACCAUCAUUGAUGACAUUUAUCACAAAAUUGGUUAGAUAUACCAAUGUCUAUACCGGAACCUUAAUGGCUACUUUAGUAUACUUGAACAAAUUGAAAACCAAGUUACCGAAAAAUGCUCACGGUUUACCAUGCACCAGACACAGAAUUUUACUUUCAUGUUUGAUUUUGUCUUCAAAAUUCCAUAACGAUUCUUCUCCAAAGAACAUACAUUGGGCUAAAUAUACCGAUGGACUUUUUAACGUUAAGGAUAUCAAUUUAAUGGAAAGACAAUUGUUAUUUUUGCUCAACUGGGAUUUGAAAGUUUCCAAUGAAGAGAUGAUUGCCCAUUUAGCAAAAUUCUUGAAUCCUAUCAAGGAAGACUUGAUCAAAUCCGCCAAGAUGAGAAAAUUCUUACAGAAACAACAACAACAACAAAGACAAUUACAACAACAACAACAAACACCGCGUAUGUCGAGAUCUUCGUCUAACAGCUCGACCUUAAGUCUUCACUAUAGACAAGGCUCCACGUCUUCGAUUUCUACAGCAUCCUCUGUUGAUUCGUCAAUGGAAUCUUCUCCUACUUCGAAAUUACAUUCUCCAUCUCAUGGUCAUAUACUAUACGAGAACAAGGUUGAUCCUAUGAUUGAAUUUACUGCAUUAAGCGAAGAACGCAAAUUGAAUAGAAUGCUUCAAGAAUUGAAUUCCACUACUCAUUAUUAG